ACAACUCCCCACCCGCUCUACUUGUUUGUUUUCUCUAUCUAUGUGUUUCUGUCUAGUAUCUCUUUUUUUUUUAUAAUUUUUUAUCUCGCGUGACGCAAGUUGCGUCGUGUUGGUGUCGUUUCUCUUUUCAGUAAAACAAGAUGGGUAAAGUCAAGUGCUCAGAACUCCGUACCAAGGACAAAAAAGAGUUGCAAAAGCAACUUGAGGAUUUGAAAACUGAAUUGACGAACUUGAGAGUUGCCAAAGUCUCGGGUGGUGCUGCCUCAAAAUUGUCGAAAAUAUGUGUAGUACGCAAAGCAAUUGCCCGUGUAUAUAUUAUUAUGCACCAGAAACAAAAAGAAAAUAUUCGUCUUCUUUAUAAAAACAAGAAAUACAAGCCUCUUGAUAUUAGACCAAAAAAGACAAGAGCAAUCCGCCGGAAGUUGACUCCAUUCCAGGCUGGUCUUAAAACACUCAAGACUGUCAGAAAAAUGUCAGCAUGGCCACAAAGAAAAUUUGCACUUAAAGCAUAAUUUAUUCUAAUUUCUUAAUUGAAUAAUAAAAAAAAUGUCUUAUAUUCGAGUUUAUUUCUCGAAUAAAAAAACAAAUAAAGGUCUCAUUGAAUUGUUUUAAUCAAAAAACUA